CCCUGAGAAGGAUUGGUCUAUAUCUGAAAAGUCCCGGGACUUAGCAUCCUACGCUAGAAAACUCACCCGUCAUCGCUGCGCAAUGGCACCGAGCCAAGCUCCUUCUGGUUUUCAAUUCAUCACCUCCAUCAACACGGUAGCGCGCGAUGACGAGACACGCCGGAAGGUGCGCUCGCACGCGCGGCGGCAGAAGCUACCCCAUGGCCCCAGCCAGCCGCCGCAGGGAACCAAGAAGUCCGGGUCGCAAAAGGACCACACGUCGAAAUUCCGGCUGAAGCCCAACGGCGGCAGCGGCAAGCAGGACGCGGUGGCGUCGAGGAGCGAGAGGAAGCUGAAGAAAACCAACUGGCUUGCUAUGCUGUAGAGAAAUGGUUCAAUCGCACCGGGGCGCCGACGUAUUUGAACACAUGGUAGAUUAUUCCGGGUUUCUUGCGAACGCCUUCGCGAUGAACCCCGAGGGGACUUGGGUCCAAGCUCUUCAACUUGACAAGGCCGCUACGCAUGCAUUCAUUGCCAUGAUAGCGGCGAUGCAUAACUCGCUCGCAAUGUGGGCCGACACGAGUACCAUCGAUUUCCACCGUUUCCAAGCGGUCAAGUCUAUCAACGAGCGGUUGAAUCUAGAGGGCAAGGAUGAUAGCAAACCCAUCUCGGACGGUCUAGUCGUUGCCGUUGCUCUUCUUGUCAACAUUGAGGCCUUCAUCGGUUCGCUAGCUGCAGCGGCAGCGCACAUGAGCGGCCUGAAAAGAAUGGUCGAUCUCAGGGGGGGUAUCGUCGAAGGUUUUCAACACAGCACUAUCCUUCAACGAUCAAUAUCAUGGGCCGACUAUUCCUACGCGACCGCGGCGCACACACCCGUAGUCUUCCCCUUCAUCCCGCAGCUCGCGUCCUCGCUCGCCCUGCACGACCGGUUUACGAGCCGGUCGAUGCUGGCGAAUAUGGAGCCGCUCGGGCUCAAGGACUUGACGAUCCAGAACCGGGAGGCGGUCGAGCUCUUCGAGCUGCUGUACUCUAUCACCGAGUGCAUCAACGACUUCGACUACGCCAGCCUCGAGAGCACGUAUGGCCAGCGGAUACAGGUCAGCGACUCCAUCUACAUGGUCGAGUGGCGCCUGUGCCAUCUCGAGGAGAUAUCGCGGUCGCAGAAUUCGUGGAAGAGAGCUGGCUCUGUUCCAUUGCUGACGUCGAUCGAGGAGACGGAGAGGAGGUACCCUUCGCCGACUGAUUUAUCAGAAGUAUUGUUGUAUGCGGCGCAUCUAUUCCUGCACCUCGCUAUCAGAGGCCAGCCCCCAUCAGCACAGCGGCACCGCGCAUUAGGAGAUGCACUUAUGUCAGCCCUUUACAAUCCCGCUCUAGCAUUGGACCUCUUAUCGCAAUCCAAGGACUACAGGACCCCUGAAUCGCAGAUAGACCGAAGCAACACGGUGCAGCCCCCGCCAGGCAGCAUAUCCACAUAUGCCCCUCCAUCCGAGCUUGCGCAAGCCAACGUAUCUCGGCCGCCAAAAGAUGAGCUUCACGCUAACAUUCUGCUCUGGUCGCUGUUCAUCGGGUCGUGCAUCCGCAUCCCGGUAUCUUUGGAUUCCCCAAUCCUGCAGGGUGACCAGCAUGAGUUCUUCGUGAACGCAUUAAAGAAUUAUUGCCAGAUGCGCGGCAUCGUUGAGCGAGACGUGCUCGCGGCGAAACUCAGGGAUAUCAUAUGGCUCCACAGCUGGUGUGAACACCAGCUAAACCUGGUCUGGGUGGAAAUCGAAAACGACCUCAGGCCGUGGGUCACCGCGGCGGGCGAGCGCGUGAAUGUGAACGCUGAGCGUUCACAGUAAAUGUGUACCAUGAUUAACAGGAACCAAUAAUCCAGUCCCCCAUACUAGGGAGGAAAGCAUAAUGUUUAAUCAUUAAUAUGUAAUAGGUUGGUUCACAAAGGAAAAUUAAAUGCGCGCAAAAUAGGAUCAAGCUGAGUUUCUCCCGUGUCGGAUCUAACAAGUCUUGUUAAUGGUUGGAUUGGUUCUUAAACUUGGAAGGAUACCUACAUACCUCAAACCUUUA